AUGAGUGGACACGGGUACGGGUUAGUCCUUCUAUUUUAUUGUGGUCUUUCAUUCGGGAUAUCACUUCCCAACCACUCGAACUCCUCCACCGAAGUCAAGGCGCUGCCAUUUACUGUCAGUGUCGACGCAGUGAGUCACGAUUCAGACAGGUGGAGCGUAGGCCUGGCGUUGUUGGUCAGCAUGGUCGUCCUCGUGCUGGGUUUGAUGGUACGGAAAUGGUACGAGAAACGGUCGGCGCGACGAAGAAGGCAGCAACUGCGACGAGCGAUUUUGUUCCCUCAUUCUGGUGGCACACUGGAUGAAUGGCUGCCCAUGUGCUCGCCCGGGAGCAAUGCCAGCGAACAAGCCCAGGCGAAACGGUUUCAGGAAGCAGCUCAAAGGAGUGUCGAACACAACGGUCCCCACGCACCUCACACUACUUCACCAAAACGACGAAACAGAUGCACCGACGAGGACGGCUCUGUGACGAGUAGACCACACUCUCCUGGAAGCACUAUCAGUGAACGAGCCUAUACCAGACAGAUUCAGGAGGCAGCGCAGAGGAGUCUUGACAGCGUCGACCCGGACCCGGAUGUUCCUGGGAACUAUUUCUCCCGUCUGGCCCGAACCGCCCAUGAACGAACCAUCUAG